AUGGCCCGCAGCGAUUUCUGGCGGAAGCGCUCUUUGCGCGUCCGCGACGAUACGCUCACCAGAGCUGCGGAACUGACCCUUCGUCAAUCUUUUUAUCCCAUUUGCCUUGUCACUAUCCUCUUCUUCCUCUGGGGUUUCUCGUAUGGUCUCUUGGAUACCUUGAAUAAGCAUUUCCAAGAAGUGCUGGGCAUUGACAAAGCACGCUCUGCUGGUCUGCAAGCCGCAUAUUUUGGGGCAUACCCUCUAGCUUCUCUCGGUCACGCCGCUUGGCUUCUCCGCCAUUUUGGAUACCGUGCCGUCUUUAUCUGGGGCCUCUGCCUUUACGGCGUGGGUGCUCUGCUAGCCAUCGCCGCAAUCAAGGCCAAGAGUUUCGGCGGAUUCUGUGCCUGCAUUUUCAUCAUUGGGAACGGGCUUGGGUCUCUUGAGACUGCCGCAAAUCCGUACAUAACAGUCUGUGGGCCACCCAGAUACUCUGAGAUGCGAGUCAACUUUUCGCAGGCUUUCAACGGCAUAGGUUCCGUCGUUGCUCCCGUUCUGGGCUCCUACGUGUUCUUUGCCUUUGACAACGAAAAGGCGCUCCGGAAUGUACAAUGGGUCUAUCUAGCCAUUGCCGUCUUUGUCUUCAUCCUGGCGGUUGUUUUCUUCCUCUCUGACAUCCCGGAAAUUACAGAUGCCGACAUGGAGUUCCAGGCCACAGAGACGCAUGCUGGUGAAAGCGACUUGCCUUUCCGGAAGCAGUACCGCCUGUUUCACGCUGCCUUUGCGCAAUUUUGCUACACUGGUGCCCAGGUUGCAAUCGCCGGGUAUUUCAUCAACUAUGUCACAGAGACCCGAAGCGACACCAGCUCAGCUCUAGGCUCCCGGUUCCUUGCAGGGGCUCAGGGGGCGUUCUCUGUCGGCCGUUUUGUGGGCGUUGCGUUGAUGCACUUUGUCAGGCCGCGGAUAGUCUUCGGCGUGUUUAUGACCCUCUGCAUCGUCUUCAUCGGCCCUACCAUUACACAGAAAGGGAACACGGGCAUGUCUAUGCUAUACUUGGCCAUGUUCUUCGAGUCCAUCUGCUUCCCGACCAUUGUUGCUCUCGGAAUGAGAGGCCUCGGUCGACAUACAAAACGCGGCUCUGGCUGGAUCAUUGGCGGCGUCAUCGGAGGAGCCUGUGUGCCACCUUUGACGGGGUACGUGGCUGAGAGACACAGCACUGCAUUUGCAAUGCUUGUACCCUUUUGCUUCUCUACGGCGGCUUGGAGCUAUGCCCUCGCCGUCAACUUCUGGCCCUGGUAUAGAGACACUGUUGAUGCAUUCACUCACACAGAGGUCGGCCUUGAUAACGCCCAGAUGGCACAGGAUGAUGAGGAAAAGCCGACGGUGGAAAAGCGCGCCCAGGAGACAUCUUCCGAGGAAGCAAACCACAGCGCUUAG